GGGUACGCUUCGGGCAACAGCGGGCCACGUUUAGGCUGGAAAAAUGGAUCUCCAGGUCCAGCUGAAACCAUCAAACCUAUCCAGGAAUCUGAGCUUCCCUUCCCGCAGUGGUCCAGCGACGACAUUGCUUCUUGGCUUCACGACAUGGGCUUACACUUGUACGUGAGUGAAGUACAGCGCUGGGGUUGUCGUGGCCAACAAUUGCUAGAAGUUCCAGUGACCGAGAUCGAAAAGGAGUUGUCCAUCAAACAUCCGCUGCACAAGAAAAAGCUCAUCCUUGCCCUAGAAGCGAAAGGCCGAGCUCAGGAUCCUAUGUCACUUGUACCAAUCCUCCCGGAUUUGCUGAAGCACGCCGGAAAAUUGGACCAUCAGUGGGCCGUUCGUUGGCUAGAUGAUAUCGGCUUGCCACAGUACAAAGAUGCGUUCCUCGAGUGUCGAGUGGAUGGCCGAAUGCUUCAUUUGCUGUCGGUCGACGACCUUUGCACCCACCUAAAAGUGACGAACCUGCUUCACCUCAUCUGCAUCCGGCGUGGAAUCCAAGUCUUGCGCUUGAACGAUUACAACCCGAGUUGUUUGCAACGGCGUUCGGUUCCCGAAGAUCCGGCUCAUCCGACGCCCGGUCAAGUUGCUGUUUGGACGAAUCACCGCGUCAUGGAAUGGCUCAGAGCUGUCGAUUUGUCCGAGUACGCUCCAAACAUGAGGGGAUCCGGUGUCCAUGGUGGUUUGUUGGUGCACGAGGCUCGCUUUAAUGCCGAGCUGCUGGCCACGUUAUUGUCAAUUCCUCAGGGUAAGACGCUGCUACGUCGGCAUUUGGCCACGCAUUUUAAUCAAUUGGUCGGUCGGGAAGUGGUGCAAGCAAAACGUGAAAUGGAAUCUUCAUCGGCCUAUCCUCCUCUGACUCCUGUUGCCAAAGUCAAAAUCAUAAAGAAAUCACAGUUCACGUUAAAACGCCGCAAGGGAAAACCGGACGAAUUUGAUUCUGAUGAUUGGGUUUGCCCACCUUUCGAUUCGUCCGAUCUAGAUAAUGACAAAACUUCUUCCCCAAAGUCUCCUAUGACCAAAUCGACCGACUUGUGAAGGGCAGUCGAUUGAAUUUAUCGUCUUGACAAUA